ACUAUACACAAAAAAAAAAAACACUCCUCCAAUCACCCCCCAAGAGAAUCCCAUAAAAACAAUUAUACCAUUAUCAUCAGCACCACCGUCAACAACAUCAGCAACAUCUAUCAUCAAUCAAACAAGAAGAAUAACAAACAAAUUAAGCCAUAUUCCAGCAAAUGUUCCCACACUUUCUUCUUCUUCUUGCACAUCAGUACUCCUCCCACUAUUUCAUUCCUCUCUCUCCAUCUCUCCCUUGACGAGGAGUUAUUACCCUAUCCAAACCCAUAAACAGCCCUAAAAGCUGAGAGCAAGUGAGUGAGUGGGACAGCAAAAAUAAAAGAAAAUUAGAGAAACCAAAGCAAUAAUCCACCAAGAAAUAAAUUAAGAAAAAAGAAAAUGUCUCUUGAAGAGUCUCUAAGAUCUCUCUCCCUUGACUACCUCAACCUGCUCAUCAACGGCCAAGCCUUCAGCGACGUCACUUUCCAAGUCGAAGGCCGACUCGUCCACGCCCACCGCUGCAUCCUCGCAGCACGCAGCCUAUUCUUCAGGAAAUUCUUUUGCGGCCCGGACCCUCCGUGCGGGCUUGACCCGGUGGGCGCUUCCAGGGGAAGCCCGGGUCCGACCACAACGGGCUCGUCGAGGUCCCCGGCGGGGGUGAUCCCGGUGAACUCUGUCGGUUACGAGGUGUUCUUGCUGCUUCUUCAGUUCCUUUACAGCGGCCAGGUGUCCAUCGUGCCUCAGAAGCACGAGGCCCGGCCCAAUUGCGGUGAGAGGGGUUGCUGGCACACGCAUUGCACCUCAGCCGUUGAUCUCGCCCUCGACACUCUCGCUGCCGCUAGAUACUUUGGCGUUGAACAGCUUGCAUUGCUCACUCAGAAACAACUAGCAAGCAUGGUAGAGAAAGCGUCAAUUGAAGAUGUGAUGAAGGUACUGUUGGCAUCGAGAAAGCAAGAAAUGCAGCAGUUAUGGACAACGUGCUCCCACCUAGUGGCCAAGUCAGGCCUCCCACCUGAAGUCCUUGCCAAGCACCUCCCAAUCGACCUCGUUGCCAAGAUCGAAGAGCUCCGCCUCAAAUCCUCCCUCUCUCGCCGCUCCCUCAUCCCAUCUCCAUACCACCACCCUCACCACCACCACCACCAUGAUCUCACGGUCGUCGGGGAUAUCGAGGACCAAAAGAUUCGCCGGAUGCGACGGGCCCUCGAUUCCUCUGACGUAGAGCUCGUAAAGCUCAUGGUGAUGGGCGAGGGUCUCAACUUGGACGAGGCUCUCGCCCUUCACUAUGCAGUGGAGAAUUGCUCCAGGGAGGUCGUCAAGGCCCUUCUAGAGCUCGGCGCUGCGGACGUCAACUUCCCGGCUGGACCAGCAGGGAAGACGCCGCUCCACGUAGCUGCCGAAAUGGUGUCCCCCGACAUGGUGGCCGUUCUACUCGACCACCACGCCGAUCCUAACGUGCGUACUGUGGACGGCGUCACCCCUCUGGAUAUCCUCAGAACCCUAACCUCCGAUUUCCUCUUCAAAGGUGCGGUUCCUGGUCUCACACACAUUGAACCCAACAAGCUAAGGCUGUGUUUGGAGCUCGUUCAAUCAGCGGCACUCGUUCUUUCGCGAGAAGAAGGGAAUGCAAACCCUCCUUCUUCAGCAACAGCAAUAUAUCCUCCUCCACUUAGCACCGAUCAUCAUCAGGACCAUAGUGGGAACUUGGAUUCGAGACUGGUGUACCUUAACCUUGGUGCUUCCGGUUCCGGACAAAUGGGUAGUGGUGGUGGUGACGAAGAUAGUAGCAGCCACAGUAGCCAUAACCAGAGAGAAGCCAUGAACCGUCAUGGGUCGCAAGGUGGUGGAUGUGACCCAACAAUGUACCACCAUCAUCACUCUCAUCAUGACUACUAAAUCUUCCUGCUACCUAUAACAAAGAGGCCUUUCAAUUGGUCACCAUUCGAAGUGUGGUUUCAUAGGAGAACGGAUGAUGGAUGAGGAUAUGCGACAAGGAGAAUCUAAUCAGUUUAAUUUUUAUCUUUUCGACUGUAUAACCAGCA